AUGCCUUCCGGCGCCGAUCCUCAGCUUUGGAACUGGUUCACGUCGGUGGACUUCGAUCGUUCAGGUAAUUGUUCUUCCAAAGAAUUGCAACAAGCACUCGUCAAUGGAGACUGGACUCCUUUUGACCUAGAUACUGUUAAAUUGUUGAUGUCGCUGUUUGACACCGACCGUUCGGGAACCAUCGGAUUUAACGAAUUCGCAGGACUCUGGCAAUAUAUCAAGGACUGGCAGAACGUAUUCCGUCACUUCGAUGCUGAUCGCAGUGGCUCAGUCGAAGGACAGGAGCUAUCCAAUGCUCUUCGCCAAUUUGGUUAUAAUCUGAGUCCUCAGCUCAUUCAACUCCUUGUCGCCAAAUAUGGGUUUGGCCAACCAGGUGGCUUCCAAGUUCCCGGUGGUAGUUCAAGCAUCACGUUCGACCGCUUCAUACGGGCUUGUGUCGUCGUGAAGACACUCACGGAGGCGUUUCAGAAACUCGAUACAGAUCGCGACGGGUGGAUCCAGAUUAACUAUGACCAGUUCAUGCAGACGGUCCUUGGCCUUCCUUAGGCGAUGACAGCCUCAUGCCAAGAGAUUGACGAAAGGGUGAUCUUGAGAUCGCGUGUAUUCCUUGUUCAAAUGGCCUAAUAAUUGUAUGUAGUGCGUUUCGGAUACUGUAAAAUCCUAGUAUUUGAGAUUGUUGUCCCACAACAAUUGCUGGGUUUGU